CCGAAGCUUCACCGAAGCCGUGCCUCGGCCAAACAAUCGCCAACUCCUCACCAUGUAGUACCAGCCAACUCAGGCUAACGAUACCAGGCUAUGUUUGAUGCCAUUGCACUCUAGAUGCAUUGGUAUAUUGUACAGAACGGAUAAUCAACGUCUACCGAAGUAGUGCUCCUCAUCCACUGCCUGCAUAGCCCGGCAUUCGUGAUGGCAGCGACAUGGCAUGAUAUCGCGGCUCGUAAGCAGAGAGAGCGCGCUGACCGUAUCCCAAAAAAGUGGCGCCUCCCAAAUGAGAGAUUUCAAGAUAACGACAGUGUGCUCGAUGUGCCUCGUCGGUGCGGCUUGCUCAGCAAACAAGAUAUCCGUAUCACGGAGAGUUAUGAUGCAUCUACACUGGUUGCGGAGCUGGCAGCAGGCCGACUCAGUAGCUUGGACGUCGUAACUGCAUUCUGUAAACGAGCUGCCAUAGCGCAGCAAGUCGUCAACUGCCUGACUGAGAUCUUUUUCGAAGAUGCCAUUGCGCGGGCAAAGCACUGUGACCAGUAUCUCAGAGAGAAAGGCAAGCCGAUAGGCCCAUUACAUGGCCUCCCUAUAUCCAUCAAGGACUCUUUCAAAGUGAAGGGUUACGAUGCGUCCGUCGGAGUCGCUGGCUUCUGUUUCAAGCCUGCCGCAGCAAAUUCGGCGCUUGUUGAUCUGUUGCUGGAAGCAGGUGCUGUGCUUUAUUGCAAGACAAACGUUCCACUAACGAUGAUGGCUCUGGAUUCCCACAACAACGUCUUCGGUAGAACGCUCAACGCGACUAAUAUGAAGCUCACCGCAGGUGGUAGCUCGGGAGGCGAAGGCGCCCUCAUCGCCAUGCGAGGAAGCCCCUUGGGAAUUGGUACCGAUGUGGGUGGAAGCAUUCGCAUACCUGCAAUGUGUAACGGCUUGGUUGGUGUUAAGCCGAGCCACGGCCGGCUUCCAUAUGUUGGGCAGGAGGGAGGCGCUCCACCCGGGAGCAGCAAGCUUGGCAUCGAGUCGACAGCUGGACCAAUUGCCCGUAACGCGAAGGACUGUGAGAUGCUACUGCGAGUGAUCGGGGACAGUCAGCCAUAUAUGUACGAUCCGGACGUACUUCCUCAGACGUGGGCGCAACAAACGAGCCUGCAGACAUCCUUACCGUCUUCGCGCGUGCAACAGCCGCUUUUAGUGGGAAUUGCCAGAACAGACGGUCAUGUUGCACCAUUACCGCCCAUUCAGCGGUUGCUAGACGACGUUUCGAGGUGCUUGAGGUCGCCCACGUUGCCAUCCUGGGAGGCAAUCCGGGUGGUCGAUGUAGACAUCUCGAGCUUCGGUCCGCAGAUUCUCAAGGUUUUCAACGGCAUCAUGUCCAUUGAUGGUGCCAACACCUGGUUCAACCACACCGCAUCAACCGGGGAGCCAAUGUCGCCAUGGUUACAGACCCGCCUCAAACGCCGGCCAGCGAAGCCCUUGGACGAGGUGCGCUCUCUACAAUCUCAGAGGACGGAGCUUCAGACGCGCUUUCAGGCCAUUUGGCACGAGCGAGGUGGCUACUGGCAAACCCCGGCUGAUAAAACGACAGCUGGUGGUCGUAUGCUAGACGUCAUUAUCUGCCCUGCAGCGCCGCAUCCGGUGCCCCCAAUUGACCGAUGGAACACCACUAACUAUACCUCAGCAUUCAACCUGCUCGACUAUCCGGCCGGAGUGCUCCCCGUACGGACGUUCGACAGUGCAGACCUGGAGGGUAGUGUGCCCAACGAAGCUCCAUUGAAUGGAUGGGAUACGAUAAACCGCGGCUUAUGGAAUGACGUGGACCGCCGGCUAUACGUUGGUAGCCCACUGAGCGUCCAGAUUGUUGCCCCACGGCUGAUGGAGCGGAAGCUGGUCGAGAUUAUGGUGAUGCUGGAACAGGCGCUAUCACCGCUGAAGACUUUACGGGCAUCAGCAAGCAAGCUUUAGGUUGAGUGGGCCGGAUUUUAUCGGCGCGAGGUCUCGCUAGCGCUGGGUUCAAGACGUGCAUCACUCACAACAUCAAAAGCUAGGCGGUAAAAGCGUGUGAGCAACUGAUGACUCGAAACGGUGUACGGGG